GCAUCACCACCGUUCCACGGAGAGAAGAGGAAUCUUCCGGAGUUCACCUCCGCGUCGGCGUCGAUGAAUCCAGCAUCGGCGUGGCGUGGCGUGUUCGCGUCAACCGAGAGCCUUGUCUUGUUUGCUGAUCCACACAGACUCCAACGCCUACAUGGUUAUCCGUGAAGAACCACAGACAUCUUUACUGCUGUGUGUCGUCGUAUGUGUCGACCUCGAAGAGUCGGUCCUCCAUUGACAUGCGAGAUGUGUCGGAACAGCUGCAUCCAUUAAAGCUUCUCAGCACAUCUGGGUGGGCUGUUCUGACAGGCACACUGCAUGGUUUGCUUGCCACCAUUUAUUGGAUCAGAUGUUUCUUACCGUGGGUUGAGAUCUUGCACUCUGACAACAAUGCAGGUCAUGCUUUGUUCGCCAUUGUUCAUCGAGUCAGACGUUUCCUGUAGUGGCUUCAUUCCACUAACUUGAGCUGUCUGUUGAUUGCUGAAGACGUGUGCAGUAGACACGCAGAGGGCUAAGAGAGAGAGAGAGAGAGAGAGAGAGAGUGAGUGAGAGAACUGAUCAGAAUAUAUAAUAUGACACCAUGGCUUCGGCUACUGAGGUAGCUUCUUGCUACAUCUUUGUUCCUCAUGGUUGUCCUCAGCCUCACACAACUCUCAAGUGUUGUUUGCUCGUCUUAAAGAAGACUGUUUGGUGAGCGGAAAGGAUGAGUAAAGAACAAGAGAGCAAGCUACUGAAAACGCAGGCAUGUGUUCUGAAAGUGAACAUAUGUUGUGAUGGAUGCCAGAAGAAGGUGAAGAAACUGCUGCAAAAGAUCGAAGGGGUCUACACUACCACCAUAGAUGCAGAGGAGAGGAAGGUGACCGUCACAGGGAAUGUUGAUCCUGCCGUCCUGAUUACAAAGCUUAGAAAGGCUGGCAAACAUGCUCGGCUGUGGUCUGCAAAGGCUGGAAACCAUCACACCCUCACCGACCAGCUUGAGCUUGCCAAAGCACAGCAGCAGAAGGAAUACUGGAAGACACAGAAGAAGGGCCAGCAGCCACAGCAGCAGGCAAAAGGGUUCAAGGAUCUGAAGUUUCCGAAUCUGAAGGGCCUGAAGUUGCCCUUCAGGAAGGGCAACAGAACAGUCAAGUUCGACCUUCCUCCCAAGGAAGACGUUGAUGAUGGAAGCGAGUAUAGUGAUCAUGACUACGAUGAAUUUGAGGACGAUGACGGCUUGGACGCCAUGGAUGGCUUUGAAGAGGACGUCCGUGGGAAGGUUCUGGGGAAAUAUACGAAAGGCGCCGCUGGUGGUGGUGGUGGUGGAGGAGGAGGUAAGGGAGGAGUACAGGCGCAAAACAAGGCUAUGGGUGGUAGCAACGUCAAUGGUGGGGGGAGCCACAGCCAGGGCGGCGGUGGUAAAAAUGUCCAUGGAGCCCGUGACAGCAAGCAUGAAGGAAAACACAACAAGGGUGGCAAUGGCAAUCCACCCCAAGGUGGCAAGAAGGGUGGUGGUGGUGGUGGGAGCAAUGAUGGCGUGGGGGGCGAUGGCCAACUUAACAGGAUGGGGCAAAUGGGUCACAUUCCAGCAGUCCGAAGGCCGUCGGCCGGAGGGGGCAUGUCACAUCCUGGAUUUUUUUUUUUUUUUCAUAUAUUUUCACACAGGCCAAAUAAAUAAACAUCACUUUAUUCAUCAUCUAUAACCAUUUAUUACAAUUCAUUUAUUCAUCAAAUUACAAAUAGAAAAGUUAACUUCAAGAGUCAUCCAAGUGGCUCUACCUAGCGGUAGAGGAAGGUUCACUCUCCACUGGAAUCCGAUUUAGUACUAGAGGGAGGCUGCUCUGAAAAUCAAAAACAAAGAAAAUUCAGCAACGCUGAGUAGGAACCCCAAAAGUCAAAUCAAGAUAAAUACAUGACCAAAAUUCAAUCAAUCAUCCCAUUGGCGUAUAUCAAGUACCCGAAGGAGCACUCCCCCAACAGCGGAUGGAGAGGCUUUAUCCUACGGGAUGAGUUUGUGUUCUCCCAACAGCGGAUGGAGGCAAACUCAUAUCACACUCCCAACAGCGGAUGGAGUGGUGUCCCACACCCGCCAAAGUGGGGACACGUUCCUCCCAACAGCGGAUGGAGGAACCGUCCAGCCGCCACGUCUGACGGCCCGCUAAUCCCCGAAGGGAAUCGCCCUACCUGCUCUUGGCAGGAAUAUAAUCUCACACUGGUCAUAUCCAUUUCGGGAUGAAAUAACAUAUUUAAAACAUCUCUUUCAAAAGUCAUCAAUAUCAAAUAAUAUAAAUUAACCCUCA